GGUGGGGGGAUUGAUAUCGCAGAGAGAACAAAGGAAAUGCAAUUCUACGUUAGCAUCUCGACUCAAAGAAGCUGGUAAUGUAUCAACUACCAAUCAAAAAUUGUUGCAACGCUUUUGGAUAAUAAUUGGUACAAAAGGUGCCUUUAAUGGCUGCCGUUUAUCUACUUGGGAUAAAGUAACUGAGGAUGACGAAAUUGGCGGCGCCUGCUAUCAUUGCUGAAUCGGAUUCUCGAAUACGACUCCCCGCUACGUGUAUUCUGUAAUCGUUGAAUGGUUAAAGGUUGGAAUCUCGUAGGAUUGAACAAGACCAAACGGUUAAAACCAUAAAACAUGGCUGACGGCGUGUCGGACGGAAGACCGAUGCCACGAUUUUUUUGUCACAAGUGCAGUGUCGAAAUUGAACGUUUGCUACCCGACUAUACGUGCCCACUCUGUACAUUCGGUUUCAUAGAAGAAUUGGAAUCUAAUGAAAAUGACAGGAGUCCAACUGGGGAUGUUACCGAUCAGGAUUACCUCAAUAUGGCAUUUCUUAAUGCCUUGAGAUAUGCAGGUUCACGGGCACAAGAUGUGGAUAAUGGGACAUUUCAAACAGGAGAAACCAGAAAUGUUAGGCAAAGAAGGGAUCACAGCGAAGCUACGCCUAGACCAAGAAGGGAUCAAGGCGAAGCUAUUCUUACACGCAGAACGCCGCCUGACAGUGCUCCUGAUUUUGUACCGGUAAAUCCUUCGGAACAGAGAACCAACGAAUCAAGAGGUCCAAUUCAUGAUUCACACAAUCGGUCUAGACGGAUGAGACACUUUCAUACAAGUAGGCGCCCUCUAAGACACAGGUGGCUGCGACAAGAAAUGGAUCUAUUUUUUGAAGACUUUAUGUCCGGUCUCACUGGUGUACACUUACGGCUAGAUCAGUCACCUGUGUUUGACAUUAGAGUGCUUUUAUCAAACCCGGCCGAGUAUACAUUUGGCCGAAAUGGAUUGGACACCAUUGUCACACAGUUACUCAAUCAAAUGGAUACAACUGGACCACCACCUUUAUCCCGUACAUUGAUCGAUGAGAUACCAACAACUGCUAUCUCACAAGAUCAAGUUGAUAACAAACUUCAGUGUUCCAUCUGCUGGGAGGAUUUCAUUGUAUCUGAACCAGUACGACAACUUCGCUGCCUUCAUGUCUAUCAUGCACCGUGUAUCGUACCUUGGUUAGAAUUGCAUGGAACGUGUCCGAUUUGUCGACAAAUUCUGGGUGAACACGAUGCCCAAGAAACAGUUGAGGACACAAUCGGCCCAAGUUUAGCUGCACUAUUCAGAGUAGCAGACGAGUCAAAUGAUACUACACCAUCCGCUUCACCGACUUCAGAUGGUUCUAGUACUGGAAAUCGUCAUGAUAUAUAAAAUUUUAAUGCCCAAUUAAUUCACCGUCUCGCCCUUCUAAUCUAACGUAACUAUUAGCACACGACACUUAUAUAUUUUCUGUGAGAUUUUAAGGAUUUCCGUUUGUCAUUCAAGUGAUUUCCGGUUAAAGUUCAUCGGCAUAGUGGACAUAUAUUCCUGUACCGCGUAUCGCUUAUUCAGUCCAAAAGUGAGAAAAGAUAAUAAUCUUUUGUUUGAUUUUGCAACAAAAAAUUUGUUUUUAUUGGUUCUAAAAAGAGAAUUUGGGAAGCCCACAUCUAUAGGACUUCUACAAAUGUGACUACGCGUAAUUGGUCGGUUUAGGCAAAAUGUAUAAGCCUUUUCAGGAUUGCGACAAUGGAUUAGAUGGGUGAUGAUUGAUCGGUUUAUCAUAUAGGAUGCUCAAAUUAUUCUUUAUUUUGCCAGCAGAGGAUCAUUUUCUAUUAAACCAGAUAAAUGGAAAUACAUGUAUAGUCCCAACAUGAUUGCAGUCACUAUUCAUUUAGUGUGACCAGUAGCACAUAAUCUAUUCUAUAGUUUCCUGCUAAUAUAACAUUAUACCAUUGAUGGAAUAAAUUCUGUUCUACAAGUACAAGAUAUACAGUUUCUUAAAUGUAUCUUUUGCCAUUCAUUCUUAUAUUUCAAGAAUCAUUGUGAGGUUGUUAUAUCUUUGCCAAUUGGAAUAAUUGUACAGCAUAAUCUUUAAAAGACUAGGAAUAUUUAUGAGAGAAAGACAUAUUAGUUAACUACCAAUCAUACAUCAUCUAGUACCAUAAUUAAUUCUUUGUACAAAUGAUAAAUCAUUUAGUUGAAGUUCCCUUGUGCUUUAGAAAUUCUAAGAGAAAAAAAUUAAUAUGGAAGAAACAAGUAACUUGUCACGGCUUGUUAAAUGGCACAUGUAAAAUAAUUACAUAACUUAAUUUUAAAUUAUGCCUGCCGAUAAAGCCGAAUAAAAGAGACAAUGUUAAUAUAGUAAUAUGUGAUAUGUAUGUUUUGUUUUUCUUAUAAUUAAUAAAUUAAUUUAAUGUUCACACUGCAAGACACCUCGAAUAAUCCAAAGAUUAGAUCUUUCUUUGCUGCCUGUUUGUAACAGUAAAAGAAAAUAAAAUGUAGCAAAUUAUAGCAGGCAGUUCUGUUUUCAUUCGCAUAAAUUUAUGCAAAGCUCCAACACUCACAAUGUUAUUCAAGUUAUACGAGAAAAAAUACAAAAGAAUGUCAGGAUUAGUCGAUGCCAUUGACGGCAACUUAAUUAUUAAGCGAAUAAAACUGCUGACGAAGCAAUGAAGAUACAAAAUUGGAUAAUCAUAAGAAAAAUAGUUCAUAAAUGUUGUUAAAACUUACAUAAUUUUCGGAAAUAAGUAGUAACUGUGAUGAUCCUGAGAAUAAAAUUGCAUAGCGGUGAAAAUUAUUCAUUUCCGCUUGAUCUUCGGCACUCGCGAAUGUGACGAUAAAAGAAAUGAGUACAAACGACAAAAGAAAUGAAAUCACAGGAAAGCACACCAAGUUUAUGUAUCAAUAUAUAAAUCUGAUGAGAAAGAAAUAUAUUUUGAUUAAUGUGCAACAAUGGAUUGAGACGCCAGGCAAACAAUGUCUUAUGGAUCCGUUCUGAUGUCACAACGGCAUUUGGUCCUAACGGCGUUUUCAAAAGUAUAUCGCGCGCAUCCGAACCGUUAAUUUAAAUAUGCGAAACGAUUCGCCUGUUUAUUAAUAAUACAAAAUAUAUUGUUAAUAGCAAUUCCGCUUUAUAGCCGAUUAAUGUAUAAAUUAGGAAUGUACAAUAAAGAUCAUAUAUAUUUA